AUGACGAAUUUCUCGGGACAGACCUCUGGGAAAUGGGAAGAGAUCGCCAGCAGUAAAAGGCUGGCACUGGCGGAACAGAUACCCCUAGAAUACCGUAUCCCGCAGCAGUUAUUUCCCCCUAAAGAUCAGCUCGAUGUGACCACAUUUCCAAGAGAGUCAGGAUGGUUCGACCGGAAAGAGUUGGAAAUCACAGAAAGCAGUGCAACACAGAUUCUGAAGAAGAUUGCCUCGAAAUCAUGGUCCUCAGAAGAGGUCACACGCGCAUUCUGUAAGCGCGCUGCGGCAGCGCAGCAGCUGACGAACUGCUUGACGGACUUUUUUCCGACUGAGGCUAUCAGCAUUGCGAAAUCGCUCGACGAGCAUCUCCAGAACACCGGAAAGCUUGUUGGUCCUCUUCAUGGACUACCAAUCUCCUUAAAAGAUAACUUCAACAUCAUCGGUAAAGACAGUACUGUUGGAUUUGCGUCUUUGGUCGAUCAACCUGCAACGUACAAUGCUACGCUGGUUGAGAUCUUAGAGCGAUUAGGAGCUGUGCGGUAUUGCAAAACAAAUGUCCCAACGGCGAUGAUGAUUGCUGAGUCGGUGAACAACGUAUUUGGUCGCACAUUGAACCCGAGGAACCGAAAAUUGACAUCCGGAGGCUCGAGUGGAGGUGAAUCGGCUCUUAUAACAUUCGGUGGAAGCGUGCUAGGAGUUGGAACUGAUAUCGGUGGAAGUCUUCGCAUCCCAGCGGCCUGUACGGGCAUCUUUACCCUUCGGCCGUCCUUCGGAAGGUUUACCACCCAGAACUGUCGCUCAGGACUAGCAGGCCAAGAGGCAGUUAUGAGUGUGAACGGCCCAAUGGCGAAGAGCCUAGAAGAUAUCACAUUCUACUCCAAGGCCGUGAUAGAUGCGCAACCGUGGCUGGUAGAUCCCAAAUGCCUCCCAAUUCCAUGGAGACCAGCAGAACGUAAUGCCAAGCUGAAGAUCGCGGUUUUGUGGCACGAUGGGGUUGUUCACCCAACUCCACCUGUAGCCAGAGCUUUAAACGAAACGGUCGAGAAGCUGCAGGUGGCAGGUCACGAGAUUGUCGGAGCUUGGGACCCAGUCCAGCAUCCCAAAGCCGUGGAUAUUCUAGCCCGCAUGUUCGUUGCUGAUGGGGGGAAAAGUGUCCGAAGAUUGCUAGCAUCCACUGACGAGCCGUGGCGUCCCGAAAUGAAGGGUUAUUCGGAGGCAACUGAGCUAGGGACCUAUGAUAUGUGGCAGCUCCACCAGGAGCGAUCCGAACUGCAGAAGAAAUACCAGGAGCAAUGGAUGUCUUACGAUAGCCUAGAUGCUAUCCUGGCACCAACGUGUCCGUAUGCAACCGUCGCACAUGGCCAGUUUGAUUAUGUAGGCUACACCGGCGUUUACAACGUUGUCGACUAUUCGGCCGUAUCUUUUCCAAGCGGAGUGACUGUCGACAAAGAGAAGGAUCGCCCUGGAAACCAUAAGCCUUUGAGCGACAUAUGUAGGACUGUGCACGCAAAAUAUGAUCCUGAGGAGAUAGAUGGGAUGCCUGUGAGCCUGCAACUUGUUGCGAAGAGGCUUGAGGAAGAAAAGGUUCUUGCGAUGACGGAAACUGUUCUGCAGGCUUUAUACCCCUCCCAAAGUCGUCCAUAACCUCGAAGAUCAAGGCCAAAAUUUAGCCAUCUAACGACUUCAUUGGUCGUUCAACAAAUUCCCAAUUUAAAGGCGCUUCUGAAGUUCCUUCAUGGCUCUACAUAUAGUCUCGGACGUAUGGCCACAAUAUUUGAUCCCAUUUUGCAUAUCCAUCUCCUAUGAGAUGCACGUGGUCGACCAGCAGGUCUUUCCCAAUCAUAGUACGAGCCUCCAAUCGUUGAACAGCCAUAACAUGUUAGUGAGAGCCAAUAAACUAUUUAUCGCCUAGCUCUAAACAGGGGAAAACUUACGGCCAUCUGUGAUACAUUACUUCUUCUCUCUCA